AUGGAAGAACACUUACUUGCUGAAUUCGAAGAAGACUUUUACAAAGACAAGGAAAAGGACAAAGACGAGAGCGAAAGCGAAGUUUUAAUACAAAAAGUUCUUCCCGUGUCUGAAAAGCCAUUACCACGCGAUAGGCCUCCUGCAACGGGAGAGGAAUAUUUGCGUAUGGUAAGGUUAGAAGCUAUAAAAAGGCCUACUGUUAUCAAGACCAAAAAUCCAAUAACUCAGCCUAAAGGAAUUAAAGUGGCGAAAUGGGUUAAAAGAGGCUGGGAAUAUCAAACAGAAUAUGAUAAUUAUGAUCAAAAUUUUGUAAAAAAAGAUUGGGAAAAUAGAUUUUUGAUGAAAUUUGAUUUAAUAAGACAGGGAUUAGAAAAACGUGUGCGGAAAAACUUUGGACCGUCACGAAAUAAAUCAUCAAUCGAGCUACCAGCGCGAAAUGAUGAAGCUGGAUGGCUUAAAUUUUGCUAUGGAGUAAAUUCGAUACAUGAAUCGUUGAAUUUAGCGAAAGACAUUGGUUUAGAAAAUGAAGGUGAUAUAGAUGAGAUGACUUUGCCGCUUGUUAGUGUCGUGUCACAAAUGGACCAGAUUACAACAAUCACGCUUCUUUCAUAUCAUCAAAAGUGGAUUUCUAAUGGGAUUACAAUUGCACAAUCCCAAUGGCUCUUCGCGUUGCUUGCACGUGUUGACAACCUCUUGAUGCCUAAUCAGAUGGCUAUUUUAAGGCAAUUGAGUGAGAAAUGCAUUCAACUACGGCAAAAGGUAGAUGAGGAAGAUCUUAUUAUGUUUGCUUCCUUGAAUAUAAUUAUUACUAUUGUAAGAAAAUAUUUUGGUCAGAAAGAUUUAAGUUAA